AUGAUAAUAUUUCUGAGCGAUUUACAAAAGGAACAUUUGAAGUUACUUCACGAACAUUCCGCUCAAGUUUUAGUUGACUUCUGUAAGCUAACGAUAGACUUUCUUAAUAAUGGAAUCAACCAGAAGAAAUGUGCCAUUGCUGCAGAAAGGUUAAAUGUAUCCCCAACAGUUAUUCAGAAUCUCAUAUACGCCUUAGCUUACCUUCUUGUUGAAGGAUGUAAGCAUAAUCUUUUAGAAACAAAUUUCAAUUCUUCAUUAGCUAUAGCUGGUUUUUCAGCUGAACACCAACAGGUUUUACUUAAACUGUAUAAUACAAAGAAAAAAGAAAUAUCUGAAGCACUUAAUUUGCUUCAACAGACUGAACCAAGCUAUCAAGACUUAUUAUGGAGAUUUGAAAUACAGGUUGCAUCACAAAAUUCAAAUGAAGAAGUAAUACCUAUGGUCGCAAUGGACUUUGUUUUGUCUACACCAAAAAAAUUUACCGAACAUAAUGAAGAUUGUUCUAAGGUGAAUAAAGAAAAUACAAUAUCAGAAAAGACCAUUAAUAACACAAUUGAAGAUGCCAAAACAGCGAGUGAGUGCCAGAAUAUAAUAAGUCAUGUUCUACUGCAAUGUGAUUUACCGAACCUUCUUCAUCUAACAAACAGAUUGGAAGAAGCAUUGAAAGAAUCAAAGAGCCAACAUGUACGGAAAGUGCAAAGAGCUUUGUAA